GUCGGGCAUGUGCAGCCACUCGCGCGUUUGCUCGGCUCUCCUGUGGGGCCCGCGUUGCAGUAGUACCUGGGUAGCAAUCUUGCUACCCCUUGCCAUUUUGCUACCCCAUUUUUCUUCCUCCACUAUGGCACUACCCAUGCCACAUAGACAACUACCCCAAAAUUUAAGUCCAUAGUGGAUGCUCUUAGAAAUGUCAAAAACCCUUCUACAGUGCUACACAUCUGCAGAGACAGAUAACUUCUAAAACCCCCUCCCUUCUCACAAUCAUGGCUGCCGCUCUUCUCGUCGGACCACCGGAAAUCUACCAAAAACCACCCAAAUCCACCCCCACAGCCUUCGACGUAGCCACGGCAGCCGACAUCACCGCCUCCGCCGACGUCGCCAUGGCAGCUGACAUCACCGCCUCCUCCGACGUCGCCAUGGCAGCUGACAUCACCGCCUCCGCCGACGUCUCCGGCACGGGCAAUGCAUUCGUCGACCUUAUGAUCGCAGAAUUUAACAAAGCAGCAACCUACGUACCCCCUCUGAGGGGACUGACGGAAAAUCGAUCUCCGACGUUUUUAUCGACAGGAAAUCCGUGUUUGGAUUUCUUCUGCCAUAUCGUCCCAGACACGCCGCCGGAAUCCCUCACCAACCGCCUCAAGCUCGCGUGGGAUCAAGACCCGCUCAAGGCUCUGAAGCUCGUUUGUAAUCUCCGCGGAGUCAAAGGCACCGGCAAAUCCGAUAAAGAAGGUUUCUACACCGCCGCGCUGUGGCUACACGAGCACCACCCCAAAACCCUCGCCGGCAACGCGGCCGCUUUCGCCGAUUUUGGCUAUUAUAAGGAUCUGCUGGAGAUCCUCUUCCGCGUUCUGGAAGGGGCCGAGGCGCGGAAAUUGGCGAAAGAGAUGGGAGAGCUCUGGAAAUCUCGGACGCACAAGGGGAAAUCUGGAAUUCACAAGGGGAGGAAAAGAGGCGUCAGAUUCCCAAGAGGCCUCAGAUCCUCAACAGAUACGGCGCCGUUACACGGUGCAAAGAAAUCCACCCCUGAAGAGAAGAGGAUCGAGAGAGCGAAGAAGGUGGUAGAGAGGUUUAAUGAGGACGCUAAUUUCCAGUUCCUGCACGAUCGCGUGUCCGAUCUCUUCGCACAGCGGUUGAGAUCGGAUAUGGAGAUGCUGAAAUUGGGGAAGUUGAACAAAAUCAGCCUCGCCGCGAAAUGGUGCCCCUCUCUGGAUUCGUCGUUCGACAAAAUAACCCUGCUGUGUGAAACCAUCGCGAAGAAGGUGUUUCCGAGGGCGGAAUAUGCAGAGUAUGAAGACGUGGAGGAGGCGCAUUACGCGUAUCGCGUGAGGGAUCGUUUGAGGAAGGAGGUGCUCGUACCGCUGCGGAAGGCGCUGGAGCUGCCGGAGGUUUACAUUGGAGCCAACGAUUGGGGCUCUCUGCCUUACAACAGAGUGGCGUCUGUGGCUAUGAAAACAUACAAGAGUAAAUUCUUCAAGCAUGAUGAAGAAAGGUUCAAGGGGUAUCUAGAGAAAGCGAAGUCCGGCAAAGCCAAGAUCGCUGCAGGCGCAUUGCUUCCUCAUGAGAUAAUCGCGUCGUUGAAUGACGAAGACGGCGGUGAAGUCGCGGAGCUUCAGUGGAAGAGAAUGGUGGAGGACAUGGCCAAGGUUGGGAAAUUGAGCAAUUGCCUUGCAAUCUGUGAUGUUUCUGGGAGUAUGUAUGGAAUCCCAAUGGAGGUUUCGGUGGCACUCGGAGUUCUGGUGUCGGAGCUGAGCGAGGAGCCAUGGAAGGGGAAGCUAAUCACCUUCAGCGCAAACCCUCAGCUCCAGAGAGUGAGAGGGGAAAGCUUGAAAGAGAAGACUGGGUUUGUUAGGAGAAUGGAGUGGGGAGGGAACACAGAUUUCCAGAAGGUGUUUGAUGUGAUACUGAAAGUGGCCGUGAAGGGGAAGUUGAAGGCGGAGGAGAUGAUAAAGAGGCUGUUUGUGUUUAGUGACAUGGAAUUCGAUCAGGCUUCGAUGAAUCCGUGGGAGACGGAUUAUGAGGCGAUCGUGAGGAAGUACAGAAAGAAGGGAUACGGAGAAUGUGUGCCGGAGAUUGUGUUUUGGAAUUUGAGGGAUUCGAGGGCGACGCCGGUGCCCGCAAACCAGCCGGGGGUGGCGCUGGUGAGCGGCUUCUCGAAGAAUUUGAUGAAGAUAUUUCUUGAAGAGGGUGGAAUGAUGGAUCCGGUGGCGGUGAUGGAAGCUGCGAUUGCUGGUAAGGAAUAUGAGAAGCUAGUUGUGCUGGAUUGAUAGAUAGGAUGUGAGUUUGAGAUAUGUAUAUAUAAAAUUUAAAAAACAUGAGUUUGGAUCUUUCUUUGCAGUGCGAGGAAUUUGAUUAUUCAAUGCUUUUUAGUUUUCUUCCUCUAGUUCUUCGAUUUUGAUGGAUUUUAAUCAUGAAUUAUGUGUUCUCGUU